AUCAAAUCCAGAGCAUCCUGAGUUUUGCAGCUGGAUUGUGAGUAUAUAUUGGUUUUCCUUGGAAAAAGUGCGCGAGGAAGAAAUUUUAUGUACUGUUGAAGCCGGCGUCCAGCGUUGCAUACAGAAUGGGACCCAACGGUUCACGGCGGCCCCAUGUCAAGUCCAGGAACGGAUGCGCCCAGUGCAAGGCAAGGAGGAUAAAAUGCGAUGAACUGCCUCCGCGUUGCAGGAAUUGUCAGAAACGACGGAUAAGAUGUGACUAUGAGGAUCUCUUCGGCUUGAACUCUCAAGUUCCAACAUCCGCCAAACCACCGGAACCGAAUCUAAAGAUCUAUAUACACCCGCUAUCUGGCGUCACCAGCGGGGUUUCCUCGAAGACUCAAGACCAAGCUUUGUCACGGGCAGUAUCACAGGCUGCCUGUCUCAAUGCUCCGCUUGAAAGAUCUCUCGGUCCCUCGCCCUUUUCUUCCGAGGACAUGGAGCUGAUCCACCACUACGCGACCAUCACCAGCCUAACCCUAGCCGAGGAUGGAAGAAAGAGGAAGCUCUGGCAGCACGCGAUCCCACAGCAGGCGCAAUUGUUCCCCUUUCUUCUGAACAACCUCCUAUCCCUCGCCGCCUUGCACCUGGCUCACCUCCGCCCUUCUGAGCAAGGGAGAUUCACCUACCUCGCCGCCAAGCACCAGUCUCAAUGCAUCAAAGCCGCCCAGCGGCGCAAGCCGGGCAUCACCCACGAGAACUGCAGCGCCGUUAUAGUCUGCUCCGGAUUGCUCCUCCUCCACGAGCUGGCCGUCCUUCACCCGUCCUACUUCGUCCACGCGCGCUCUACUGAUCCCCUGGACGAAUUCCUCGACAAAGUCCUCUUGAUGCGACGCAUCCUCAUCCUGUGGAAGAUGGGAAUGCCCAUGUUCAAAACCGGCCCGGUUCGUGACCUAGUCCUGCACUCCCACAAGAUGCACGGCGCCAGAUCGCCCGUGCUGCGUGACGCACGGGCCGCGACUGAGCAGCUGCGCGAGCUCAACGCGUGUCUGACCGGGGGAGAAGAUGAGCGAGCAGCAUACGCCGCCGCCAUCGAUCGUCUGUGGGAGUGCUACGAGGAAGCGCUGUGCAUACCGUCCGACUGGGUCAUGACGAUAAGCUGGCCUUUCUACGUGCCGGAAUCAUACAUCGAGCUUCUCACGCAGAAGCGACCCUUGGCGCUGGUGAUCAUUACGCACUUCGUGACGCUGUUGAGUUUUCCAGCAAAUAGAUGGUGGGCGAAUGGGUGGCCGGGUCCUGUGGUCCGGGCUUUGGCGAGGAAUGUCGAGGGGCCAUGGCGCGUUGCGCUGGAGUGGCCAGCGAGGAUGGUUGGCGUGGAGAUCUGCAAGGAAGGUUUCGGGAGGGAAGAAAAGCAACCGCUGAUAGUUAAGUAUCUGAGCGCAAGAAGCCAAAACAAGAACAAUCUGGUUUAUCAGAAUGUCGGACUUUAGCAGAUAAGUCCGUCCUGCAGGCCGAACCAGCAGUCAAAUAAUGCUGCCUUCUUCGUGUAGACAGCGAGUUACAACGAGCUACGGCGAUAGUUUAGCAAAGCACAUGGCGGCAAGCUAGAUAGUUAGCUCGGCCGGUGUCCGUUUCAUUAUUAAUUCGUGAGGAUUUCGAUACCUCGUCGGGGGGGAAGCGGAUAGAGCAUAUAUUUAAGACAUGAAUUCAGCUCCCCAG